AUGUUGGACAUGCUGAAUGAAACCUUAUACAAGGAGGAAGAAAACUCCAAAUCAAUUUCUACGCUUGAAAGACAAAUUGAACAAAUAAGAAAGAAGCUAAAUCAACAACUAUCAGGCAAUUUUUCAGAUACUACACAAGAUAAUAAGGUAACAAUAUUAUGUAGUGAUAAAUAUUUUGAUAACAGAGUGCAUAAUCCUACACCAACCGAACUUGAGGUUGUGGUGGAGGAUUAUGUGCCUUUAUAUGAUAAUAAUACUGAAAGACUAAUUGAAAUAAAAGAAGUUGUAAUCGAAAAGGAAAAGUAUAAUGAAGAGUUUCAUGUGUCACAAGUGACUAAAGUUGGCGAGGGGUUUGUGGAGGCUAAUACCACCUCUUACCCAAAAACUUUGAAAAAACUUGAACCAAAGCUUCUAGUAAUGGAUUCUAAAAAAGUGGCCAAAUACAAACAAACAAAUAAAAUCGUUGAUCAUCCCUUUUUGGCAACCAUCUAUUCUCAUAUUAGUUGUCGGGAAGGUGCGAUUGAUAUGAUAUUUGGAAACUAUAAAGUGAGAUUUCUUUUGUUUGGACCUACUAAUGAUCCUCCAAUUAGUGGUGACAUGUUUGUAAUCAAUACUAUUGAUGAUUAUGUUUAUGAGUAUACCCAUAAAACAUGA